UGUUCGUCGUGCUGGGUAACAAGAUAGAAGAAUGAGCAACGCGCAGCGGAAGUCGUUUUCGUGUGUGAAAACCGUGCCCGUAUGUGUAAGUACUUGAUUUGGCAGUGCGCAUUUAUUUUGACGAAUACCACUAGAACGGUGUCCGCAGCAACUAGCCUUUUUAUAAUCAAACCAUGCCCGGGGGCCUCCUCACGUCGGCGUUGCAGGAAUUGCUCGACCAAAAAGAGCUCUGGUCUUCGUGGUCGGAUACCGCUUCAUCUUCUGCUGGCACACGACGACCUCUUUCAUCCCCCACGACCAGCGCAAGAAUUUUUGCACAACCGGGUACUCCAAUGUUGAAGAUCAACAAGAACAAAUUCAGCACGACUAAAAAUCUGGUCACCCACUUUUUUUUUGGGCCCGAAGAGGACCCGAACGACCCCGGCCCGCCCCCGAACGCGACGGGGGAAGAGCAAACUCUGUGCCCCGCCGACGGCAAGGCGUGCCCGAUUGGGUGCCCGACCCGGGCGUGUGUGGAAGGGCAGUACUGUCCACAGGACGACCAUUCCUUUAAAGCGGAUUUGAAGGUGUGUCCAAAAACGGGGUGCCCGAAGGAAGGCUGUGUGAAAAACGCGUUGGAACGGAAACCCUACCAGCUGAGGCCGUGCAGCAGGACGGUAUAAUUCGAUAUAAUUUGAAGAUAAUGUUCUUGUGUAAAGAAUACACAACGCGCACGUCUAUUUGUGCUGCAAAAAUAGUAGGCAUUCUCAUUGAGGUGAAACUUGCUCGCAGUUACUUCGCGUAGUUCCAGGGCGACGCAAAGUAGUUCUUUCCGCUUUCUUACUGUAUGAUUCAAUCAUCCAGGGUCGCGACCGCAACGGGCAGGCGUACCAGAAUUUCGGGCGGCAGGGGAGAUUUUGCGACGAUCCGAAGCACCCAAACAACAACAUUUGCGUGACGUUCCUCCCGAACGAUUUUUGCAAGUGGAGCGUCGCGCUGAAGCCGGGCGGCAUGCGGGUCGGGUACAGUGAGAAAACGGCGGCGGACGGCGGGAAGUUUUACACGUAUGACCUGGACCGGAGCCAGGAAUUCUACACCGAAAUGCCCCGCAACCAGGCAAUUACCUCUGCGAAAAACGAGGAGGAUGAACACUCGAUCUGGGAAAGGAGUAAUACUGUCACCGGCGGGAAGUUCCUGAACGCAGCGCAAACCCGGUGGCCCUCGACGACGACCGACGUCAGGACGCAGCAAAGUGGGGCUAUCGCCGCCGCGACCAGCUUCGCUUACUCUGUCCACGACGCGGUCACCUCCGAUCACCAAAUUGAUCCGAACUACCAGAAAAACGAAACCUGUUGUCGGACAGAGGACAACUUCUGUCGGGAGGUGGAGGGGGAGCCGAUGUGUGUUACGCUGGAGCAAUUCCGGAACUACAUGCAGAGCGGGCAGAAUUUGCUGAUAAAAUGCUCGGCCAGCCGGGAUCACUUGAACACGGGGUGUUGGUGGAACAACGAUUUGGCGUGGAACUUCUUUGGCGGGAAACAGCAGGAAGUGCCCGGGGUGGUUUCGGUGGAUACGGUGACCCCGCCGAUCAGCGGAAGCCAGUUGAGGUAGAUCAGGCCGCGACUUUAGUCAAGAUGUUGUUGCUUUGGCCCUUUCAGAAGUUCUUUUUCGUAUGUACGAUUUUUUCACCAUACAACAAUUCGAUUUUGAAAUGACCUGACCAACCUGGUGUCAUUAUUUCGACGUGUGAGGACGACGAGAGUUGAAGUUGUCAACCGAUUUCUUUCCUACUGACAUUGCAGUGCGCAGCUUCAUGUUUUUGCAAGUUCUUAUUUCCUCGGGUCGGGCUCGGGGACAAGGACAAGUACAAUCGCUACGAAAUGAA